CGCCAAAGAGCGGAUUAGAUAGGAGGCACCGAGCCGAGCGAAGAACACUGCGGCACUGCUCCUUCCCGGCGCUGCUUAUCUCCCGCUCCCUCUCCUCCUCCAGCGCGUCGCCAUGAACACAGCCAUGGCCACCACUUCCUUAUCCCUCCAAGGCCGCCCUUGCCAGGCCGCGGCCAAGAAGCUCUCCUCCCCGUUCCUGGGCGCCCCCGCCUCCUUCCUCCGGCCGCUGGCGCCCGCGCCCACCGCCGCCCCCUCGCGGCGGACGCUCGCCGUCAGGGCCAUGGCGCCGCCCAAGCCGGGAGGCAAGCCGAAGAAAGUGGUGGGCAUGAUAAAGCUGGCCCUGGAGGCCGGCAAGGCGACGCCGGCGCCGCCCGUCGGCCCGGCGCUUGGUGCCAAGGGUGUGAACAUCAUGGCGUUCUGCAAGGAGUACAAUGCCAAGACAGCCGAGAAGGCCGGCUACAUUAUCCCCGUCGAGAUCACCGUCUUCGAUGACAAGAGCUUUACUUUCAUCUUGAAGACACCACCGGCCUCAGUUCUGCUCCUUAAGGCUGCAGGUGUCGAAAAAGGUUCAAAAGAGCCACAGCGAGAAAAGGUUGGCAAAGUAACAGCAGAUCAAGUCCGUGCGAUAGCUCAAGAGAAGUUGCCAGACUUGAACUGCAAGAGCAUCGACUCUGCUAUGAGGAUCAUCGCUGGCACUGCCGCUAACAUGGGCAUUGAUGUUGACCCUCCAAUCCUUCAGAAGAAGGAAAAAGUUCUCUUGUAGUUUGUUUUGCUGGCACCCGCAGAUCAAAUUAUCAAUCGCCUUAUGUAGAUUCUGCCUUCCUUUUUGUUUGUCAAUUCGCAGUGCCAACUUGAGGUUUUCCUCUGGUGUCAGUAACCUUGUUCACUAAUCCAGUCAUUUGGUGUAGACCUGUAAUUUUUUUCUUGCGAAGUCCUUCGGUAUACCACAUCUUUUCUUUUUCUCGAACACGGGUAUACCACAUCUGAAAGGAAACGGCUUCCAAGCCUUUGUGCACCAACA